GCAUAUCAUGUGAUUUACUCUUGCUUGGCACCCUGCUGGAGUAGCUAUGUCUAAAUAAUAAUACUUUUCACCGCACGGUUUUAUUUGAGGAACGUCGCGUUUUCUCCGAGUUCUCCGAGAUGCAGAACGUGAUAAACACAGUGAAGGGGACGGCUCUGGGCGUGGCCGAGUUCCUUACUCCGGUGUUGAAGGAAUCAAAAUUCAAAGAGACUGGAGUGAUUACACCAGAAGAGUUUGUAGCAGCUGGAGAUCACUUGGUUCACCAUUGCCCCACAUGGAAAUGGGCCACGGGGGAAGAAGUCAAGGUGAAGCCAUAUUUACCGCCAGAUAAACAGUUCCUCCUAACACGCAAUGUUCCCUGUUACAAGCGUUGCAAACAGAUGGAGUAUUCAGACGAGCUGGAGGCCAUCAUAGAGGAGGAUGAUGGAGACGGGGGCUGGGUGGACACUUACCACAACUCGGGUGUGUUAGGAGUCACAGAUGCGGUACAAGAGAUUUCACUGGACAAUAAUAAGGACAAGAAUAUGAAUGCCACAUCUGCAGCAUGUUGUGAUGAUGAUGAUGACGAUGAAGAUGAAGAUGGCGAAGCAGCAGAUAUGGAAGAGUAUGAGGAGAGUGGCCUGCUGGAAACAGACGAGGCCACCCUGGACACCAGUAAAAUGGUAGAAACCAAAGCUAAAGCAGAGCCUGGGGGCGAAGACGCCAUACUUCAGACCAGGACAUAUGACCUGUACAUCACAUAUGAUAAAUACUACCAGACCCCUCGACUCUGGCUCUUCGGAUACGAUGAGGAUCGGCAACCACUGACCGUAGAACAGAUGUAUGAGGACAUCAGCCAGGACCAUGUGAAGAAGACCGUCACCAUUGAGAACCACCCCCACCUUCCUCCGCCUGCCAUGUGCUCCGUCCACCCCUGCAGACAUGCUGAAGUCAUGAAAAAGAUCAUUGAGACUGUGGCAGAAGGUGGAGGAGAGCUGGGAGUUCAUAUGUAUCUUCUGAUUUUCCUCAAGUUCGUCCAGGCUGUCAUUCCCACGAUAGAAUACGACUACACGAGACACUUCACCAUGUAGCUUCAUUAAUCUGCCUCUGCUAAUGCAACAUGGGAGAGAUCAGCUCUUCUGCCUCUGUGUUGAGAUUCUAUCUGGUCUGGUCUGAUUACAACCAGUUUGUGGAGUGUUUGUAUGACACUUUGCUUGGGAGCAGGACAUGUGGAAUGUUGGAGGUAUGUGACUCAACUAUCUGUUAAAGGAACAGUCUGACAUUUUGGGAUUUCCUUGAAACUCGGAGUCAGAUAUGAAGAUCACCAGUACAGAUUUCAGUUUGUUCUGUCACAAAGCUGGGUAGUAGUUCCUUCAUACUGCUCAGCCUUUGUGCUAAGCUAGGCUAACCACACCUCUUUUCAUCUGACUCUGGGUAGGAACGCAGGCAAGGCUUCGUCUCAAAAGUCCGACUGUACCUCUGAUGUUUCUCUACAGGUUUUAAUGUUGUGACCACAAUGUGGUGAGCUCUCACAAAGUUCUUGUUAAGAAGAUUUCAAUGCUGUUACUAAACUCACCCCAUUCCACACAAUACUUUAGUUGGUUUAUCUGAGCUUUUUCACUGAAACCGCUGCCUACCACUGCCUGGGGGGGAAAUAUGUUAAUGAGAACAAAAGCAGUAAAAACUGCAAAAAAUGUGUUUCUUAAAACCAGAUAAAAACACUAAAUCUGAGGGAAAUUAUGUUGCUGCAUGGACAGAUAAUUUCACUUGACAAGAGCUGAAAAUAAGAAAUUAACUCUUAAAACAAGAUAAAUUAUCUAACACUUUUAUCUUGGUAAGAAACAAAUAAUUGUCAGUGCACUCUGCUUGGACCAGCUCAUCGCUGCUUGCAGUUUUAAUUGAUCUUGUUUUAACAGUUAAUUUCUUAUUUUAAGCGUUCAACAUGCUUAUUUCUAGAUUUAACAGUCUUAAUUUAACCCUUUGAUGCACAACAUGGGUCUAAAGUGACCCGACAUAGUUUUUAUGUUCUAUAUCUUUGCAAUAAAUUAUUUUCAUCAUUCAGUAUUCCAGGUUGUCCUUAAUUAGUUUGUUUUUGAUCAUCAUACAUCCUAAUUUUUAUGUUUUCCUUUAUUCAUUUUUGAAUAAAAUCCCUUUUUGUGUCACUACCCUUCUAAUGCACAACAUGGGUCAAAAAUGACCCAUAUUCAUUUUUUUUUUUAACUAUGUAGCUUGUUAAGCUAAGUAUUUAGCUAACUUCUUGGCUAAGUAUUUUGCUAAGUUGCUUGCUAAGCUAACUACUUAGUUAACAUCUUGGCUAUGUAGUUAGCUUAGCAAGCUACGUAGCCAAGUAGUUAGCUGUAAUAAUACAAAAGCUUUUUUUCUUCAUAAAGUAUGAGAGACAAAAUGGAAUUAAUGAUCUUUUGUUAUCAAAAACAAGAUAUUUAAAGAAUACUUGGAAUAUUCAAUGAAAAAAGGAGUUGUUAUCAAAAGAUAGAGCACAGAAACAAACAGCAAGCAUUAAAUAACAUGAGAAAUGAAUGCGGGUCAUUUUAGACCCAUGUUGUGCAUUAAAGGCGUGUGAAUAUGUUGUGCAUCAAAGGGUUAAGAAAUCUUGUCAAGUGAAAUUAACUGUCCAUGCAGCAAGAUCAUUUCCCUCAGAUUUAGUGUUUUUAUCUUGUUUUUAGACACACCUUUUUGCAGUGAAGUUGUGAGCCAUAAAACCAAAACUAUGAUCACGCCCCGCCCCAGACUGCACCCCUUCACUUCCUCACUACACUAAUAUCCAGAAGAGAAUAUUUCAGAUGUGUGGACAGCUUUUUGGUAGGAAAUAUAUUUUCUUGCAUCGUCCAAAAUGUCUUUGUACCUGACGUCAGCAUUGAAAUAAGCUUCUUGACUCUAACAUUACUGUUCCCACGUGUUGCUGCAGUGCUUAUUAUUCACUCUGCAGGAGGCAUGGCUGAAGUUCUUCAUGUAAAUCAGCUCUUCAUGCCAGUUUGUCUUAAUACUUCAUUUGCUGAAUGUGUUGAUGGCAAGGCCUUUUCUAUGGGCUGAAAUAUGUGCCACCAGAAACUGAAUUAUUUAUAUUUAUAUUUGAAUUUGAAUUGCUUAAUUUGAAUAAUUGAACCCUCUGGGGUCUGAGCCUAUUUGCCCUUUAUAUACCAAAUAAUAUUUACUAUACCCAUGUUUGGUAUUUGGUAUUUUCUCAGCACAACUUCAAUAUGAUCUGACUAUUAUUUUUUCACUUUAACCCACUUUAUUAACACAUUUAGCCCAGAAAUACACAAAAAUCAUGAAAUCUGAAAUAAAAUUAUACUGUUUAUGACAAUAAAAACCACAAAUAUGCUCAAUGAAAUGUAAAACACAGGUUGCAAACAUGAACAUAUGAUGUGAAAUUCAAAUAUAAUAAAACUAUACAUAAAAAAAUACCAUAAAAACAUGUUUAUUUAUAGGAACAGUGUUAGAUGAUUAGACCCCUUUUUUCCAUUUUUACAUAAUACCACGCCUGCCUCGUCCCAUCCUACUUUUACACUUGAAUAAAUAUUUUUGUACUAUCAGACUGAAACGAUCAUAUCUUUGGUCUUACACGACCUCGGCACAAAAAACUGGAGAAAGUUUCAGGUCUGUAAUUUGGAGUGAAGUCGACAGCAGCGCUUCACGUGACCUCGUUUUUUGUUACGCCGCUUUGAAAAAAGUCACGUUAUCUGAUCACGCCAGCGUGAUCAUAGACCCCACAGGAUUUAAAACUGAAUUUGAAUCACAUAGUUUGAAUUUGUAUUGUAUAAUUUGAAUCAGUGCAUCGAAAAACUGAAUCUGAAUUGUAAUUUGAAAUUGAAUUUAUUAGAUGGAGCUGAACAUUCAGUUCUCACAAUUUGAAAAACUCAAAAGAAUUCAAAUUCGAACAUCUGGGUAGUUGAGGCAGAGCAAUCGAGCGCAGAUACACAGAGCGCCUCUUCGGCCAAUCAGCACCUCUGUUUUCUUUUGUAUCAUUUGUUGCCACCCGGUUGCCAGUCGCCACAAAACGGAAGAAGUUAAUCUGGCUUGACCAUGGAUUGGCCAAAGAGGCGCUAUGGCAACCGGGUGGCAACAAAUGUCACAAGAGAAAACGGAGGUGCUGAUUGGCCGAAGAUGUGUUCUGUGUAUCUGCGCUCCAUUGCUCUGCCUCAACUACCCGGAUGUUCAUCACAGAAAACUUAAAUUGAAUUUUCAGAACUGAAUGUUCAGUUCCAAACUAAUAAAUUCAAAUUAAAUUUCAAAUUACAAUUCAGAUUCAGUAUUUUCGAUGCAAUGAUUGAGAUUGUACAAUACAAAUUCAAAUUGUGUGAUUCAAAUUCAGUUUUUUAAUGCAAUUAUUCAAGUUAAGCAAUUCAAAGUCAAAUAUAAAUAAUUCAAAUUCAGUUUCUGAUGGCACAUAUUUCAGCCUAUGCUUUUCCUUCACCCAUGGUUCUUCUGGUUGGCCGUAUGUUUUUGGUGUUUUACUUCAACUCUCCUCUGUAGCUUGCGUCAAAACCUUGAGACGGUUUGUUUUUUUUCAGUUUGUUUAGCUUCUGCAGGCUUAAAGCAUCACUAUCUACCGUGUCUAAGAGCUAUGUGAAGGUCGGCUCUAUCUACAGAUUCUUACAAGCCUCUCUGUGUACUUCAAUAAAAUCCAAUGAAUUUCUGGUCUACUUUGUUAAUAAGAUUGUGAAAUAUAUUUGGCUCAUUAUGGUAACAUGUGACAGUAUUUACGGAAAUGAAUAAAGUCCCUGCUUCAGUAAUCCUCGCUCUGCUUUCCUUGUUUCCGGUUGGUUGGAUAAAAUCUUCACUCUGCCGGUUGGUCCAGUCUCCUGCUGUGACUUGCUCAAUGGAAACACUUGAACAUUUGAAAGUAAUAUGCAUAAACAAUAAAGAGUUUCCCAAAUAUUACA